UCUAUGUUUUCAUUGUAAGCCUGUGUAUAUAUAUGAUGUUCAACUCCAAGACAUUCUUGUCGACCUAGCAAGCCUAUAUAUCUAACGCCCACCAUAAAUAUUAUAAACCCAGUAUUCUUAUCUGUCUUCACCUAAACAAAAAUGAUGAGUUGUUUGCAAAGUAGUUGGCCUGAGCCAAUUGUCCGAGUCCAAGCAUUAUCAGAGAGUGGGAUAAGAGCAAUCCCAGAGCGCUACAUCAAGCCCCUCUCCGAUAGGCCUAACUGGCCGAAAACUUCCGCCGCCGUCACCUCCAAGAAGAAUUCAGAGACGUCUCCUCUCAUUAACAUCCCGGUCAUUGACCUGCAAAACCUUUUCAGCAACGAUCAGAGCCUCUGCGACAAGACUCUGAGUCUGGUAUCCCACGCUUGCCGCGAGUGGGGUUUCUUUCAGAUUAUAAACCACGGCGUCAGCCCUGAGCUGAUGAAGAGCGCGAGAAAGACCUGGCGCGAGUUCUUUAGCCUCCCGCUCGACGUGAAGCAGGAAUAUGCCAACUCUCCGACCACGUACGAAGGGUAUGGCAGCCGUUUGGGAGUGCAGAAGGGGGCGAUUCUUGACUGGAGCGACUAUUUCUUCCUCCAUUACAUGCCUCGGUCGCAGAGGAAUGAGAGCAAGUGGCCUCAACUUCCACCAUCUUGCAGGAAAGUGAUUGCGGAAUAUGGCGAAGAAACGGUAAAGCUAUGUGGAAGAUUGAUGGAGAUAUUGUCCAUAAAUCUUGGGCUUGGGAAGGAAUACCUCCAAAAUGAAUUUGGAGGUGAGAACAUAGGUGCAUGCUUAAGGGUGAACUUUUACCCUAAAUGUCCACAACCUGACCUUACACUUGGUCUGUCCCCACACUCGGAUCCAGGUGGCUUGACCCUUCUUCUGCCUGAUGAUGACGUGUCCGGACUUCAAGUUCGCAAAUGCAAUGACUGGGUUACUGUUAAGCCUGUUCCAAAUGCCUUCAUUGUCAACGUAGGGGAUCAAAUUCAGGUACUGAGUAAUGCAAUUUACAAGAGUGUGGAGCACCGGGUGAUCGUGAAUGCAGUGAAAGACAGGGUAUCUCUUGCCUUAUUUUAUAACCCAAAGAGUGAUUUACUGAUUGAACCUGCCAAGCAUCUGGUGACAGAGGAUCGACCAGCACUUUAUCCACCAAUGACAUUUGACGAAUACAGACUUUAUAUCAGGACAAAUGGUCCAUGUGGCAAGGCUCAAGUUGAAUCUUUAAAAUCUCCCAGAUAAAUUAUUAUUAAUACAACAAAUAUAUAUUAUGUUGUUAUGAUGAUCAUGGAUAAUAUUCCUUUCCUUUGUAAAUCGUGGGUUUAUGUAUAAAGACUUGAUGAAUUGCAUGAGACAAUUCAGAUCAUCAGACAAUAUGAGUCACAAUGAUGCACUUUCCAUCUGAAAAGGUGUGCCUUACUUUUACCUUUAAUGAAGUACGUACAUUACUUUCUCGUGUC